UUGUAAUUGGUGGGUAUCGGACCCGGCCUUGGCCAUUUGGAACGCAUUUGAGGGAAGCGAUUGGAGCUCUCUCAUAUCGUUCCUCCUCCACAUCAUCAUCCCCCUCAAUCUUCAACGGAGAAGUAGAAGUAGAAGAAGAAGAAGAAGAGACAUGAACGAGGAAGUCGGUGUUGAAAGGGCUUCUCUAGAGCAGAGCCCCGGAAUCUUCAUCAUCGGAUCCUCCAACGUUGGUAAACGUGCCCUCCUCUCCCAUUCGUAUAUGGUGGUUGAUGAAGAGACCGCAAUGGAGUGUUAUAUUGUUGCCCAUUCUAGAUCAGCUAGCCUUGGGGGAUUUUUCAAAGGCAUGCACCUGGCCUUCUUUUGGGACCUAGAAGAAGUCAAAGAGAAGUAUAGAGUUGGUUCUAGAGGGAAAUUGCCAAAGCAGAUUUCAUGGCUAAAAGGGCGGCAGCUUCUUCUCUCUCUUCAUUUUCUCCUUGUUGCCUUUUCCCCUGUCCUUGGAUUACUCUCUGUGGAUUUUGAAGACGCUUCUGAUUCAUCAUCUGAUGUACUUGCCUAUGGGUGGACAAUCAAUACGAAAUAUUACACAGCUGAUGUUUCUGUAUGGAUGGCUCAUCUCCAUGAUGACUUUUCAAUUGGGGCCCUACCAAUAUAUGACCGGUUGGCUGCGUUGGUUAUGGUUUUUGACAUGAGUGAUCUUUCUUCUCUUGCUGCACUCAAAGAAUGGGUUUCUCACACCAAUAUUCAGAACUUUGAAAUAUUGUUAUGCAUUGGGAACAAAGUGGAUCUUCUUCCAGGACAUUCAGCUCAUGUUGAAUACAGAAGACGCCUGCAUAAACUUGGAGAAUCUUCUUUUGAUCCUGAGUUCUCCGAGUAUGGAAUUUCUGAAACUGAAGGAUUUAGCUUAUUGGGAGAUGAAGAAUCACCAUUUGAGAUUAAGAGGUCAUGUUUGGAGUGGUGCACUCAGCACAACAUUGAAUACAUUGAAGCAUGUGCAUCCAAUGCUGAUUUUGACAGAUGUUUGUCAGUUGAUGGUGAUUUACAGGGUGUUGAGCGAAUCUAUGAGGCUCUUUCUGCUCAUAUGUGGCCUGGAAUGGUAUUGAAAUCUGGUGAUAAGAUAACUGAACCAUCCUUGCCUGAGAAGCAAGAGUUGUCAGAAGAAGAAUCUGACUAUGAAUUUGAGUAUGAAGUAUUAUCUGCGGGCUCAGCAGAACCAUGGGAUGAUACAGAUGGAUGGGUAUCGGCAGAUGGCUCUGUUGCCCCCACUUUUGUGGGGGGGUCAGCUUCUCAGAAUAUUGAAUCCAAAGAAAGUGGCGGAGAGAAAGAAAUUGGUUCAGUUGGAAGAGACCAUCAGCCUUCUACAUCAAUGUCUCAUUCGCUUGAAGAGGUUGACCGGGAAGUAUUGCCCAAUGCACAUGAGCUUGACAAAGCCUCAGAACUUGAUAAGGGUACACAUUAUGACUUUGAGGAUUUGGAACAGUUGAUGUCUGAGAUUGGAAAUAUGCGUGAUAGCUUGAGGUUGAUACCUGAUUUCCAGAGGAGGGAAAUGGCAGCAAAUCUGGCCCUGAAAAUGGCUGCCAUGUUUGGGGAUAGCAGUGGUGAUGAUGAAGAGGGAUGUGAUUGAUGCAAGUUUCAAUGAAUCAUAUCUGAAAUCACAUCCUCAAAUUAUCCACAUCAGCUUAUUAAUGGAAAGUGACUAUUGGUCGCGGUUUUUAUAUUUAGUGAAAUGGACAAGCUUGGGGUAAGUUUUGCGUGUUGCUUUUCUGUUGUGUGUUUAUAUCCUUAAGCUGCAGAACCUUGUCCACAAGACAGAUUUAUCGGAAUGAGUUUUUACCGAGUAAUUUCAGCCCUGACAAGGAACACUUAUGAACUACAUCAGGUCAGUUCAAUUAUUCAGAAGAUCUAAAAUAUUUACUUCUCAAAUGAAUCGCAAUCUAGCUGUCUUGGACAAAACUUACUGUGGAUUUAAUGACUUCACCGUAUGAUGUGUUUGGCUUCAAGAUUUUGAUGCCUAACUAGAGUUGUUAAAAUAAGAUUUUGCUUACCGUAUUUGCUGCAAUUAGGCAACCAUAAUUUUCAAAUAUUCAAAUUGUUCUAAAAAA